CGGGAAAAAACACCUACAGGCUGUGAUUAGGUUGCACACAAAAAUCCAAACCGGGCGCUCGGCGACAGGUUGGAAUCAAUCUUGACUAAUUUCCGUAUUCAACCAUCAAAGAGCCGGAUUCUCACUCUUUUUCGGUAAUAUUCUCAAUUAGGAAAAUUAAUUGCGUUUAAAAUGCUGGAAUUAAUCAAAAGUGAUGUUUUAAAUGUAAUUGCGCAUGAUCGUGUGAUCACGAAUCGGUUGGCACUGCUGGAACGCUGCGGGGAAUGUUUGAGCGCGGGAAAUUUUGAAAUCAGAUGGAACCCGAGGAGGUGCGCUACUCGCUACAAAUUUAACAGCUGAUUGCGAAACAUACAAAAAAAUGUGACCAAGAUUACAUUUUAUAUUAUCAGUUCUAAGACGAUAAUUGUUUCAUUUUCUCUUUAUUAUCGAUGACAAGAGAGAUUAUGGUGAAUCUACCUGUGAGAAUGGAUUUUAAUUAGUUCUAAGAUAGAAAUGAUUCCAAGCAUUUGUCGGUAAUUACUUGAUAACCUAGAUCUCCAAACUGAUUAAGCAGUGAGUUGUGACAUAUUUCAUGCGAUACUUCAUUCUAAAGCUGUGAAAUGUUGUAAAGAUUUUAUGAGACUUACAAAUGAAACAUCGUAAAUGUUUUUGCCUGUAGCUACAAUAAUGGUUGUAGUUUUGAGGUUCUCUCUGGAAGUUGAUGCAGAACUGUUGGGGUCCCCAAAUGAUGCAGCCAAAAUAUGCUGGAGCAAUAAGGAAAUCUCCGUCGACAAGACGAGGAUACCUUUGAUUGUUUAUUACCUAAAAUCUUGCGCGGACACAUUGUCCCUCCUGCAUUCACCUUGCAAGAGAGAACUAAGUGCAAUAUUAUCACAGAAAAUUCAUGAUGCAAUUCCUGCAAUCAACAAGGCAUAUUACGAAGGAAACGUUGAUUAUUCUUUUGUUCAUGAUUUGCACAAACUACACGGAAGCAACCAAUGCCUCCGGACUCAAGACUCGAUGUCGUUGGGCAAGGUGAGGAGAAAGCGAAGCUGGAUAAAAAUUAGAAACCCAAGAUCAGCGCGGAAACGUGUGAUGCCUUUGAUUAUUCGAGCUAAUCAGACGGAAAAGGAGGAGGCAUGUAAUACUUUAAUUGUCUCCCCGAGCUCAGGAAGAAGAAUUAGGAAAAAAGUGCCGCUCCCAUACUUAGACAAUGUUGAAAAACCGAAAAGAAUCGCUGUCCCAUUUGUCUCUAAGCCACUGUACGAUCUCACCGACUCGGAUGCAAGGAGUUUACUUGUAAAAUACUAUAUAACAGGCGUGAAGUGCCUAUCGUUGUCUUCAGAGCAUAAUCAAGACAUUUUAGUUUUUAACCGAAAUUUUUACAUUUGGCUCCUGAAAUGUGUCCUCCCAAGAAUUGAACAGGACAGUCAACUGUAUCCAGCGUUUGGUGGAGUCUUCAAAAUUCUGGAGACCAUUCAUGAUAAAGGAUUGAUUGAUUUAGAGCGCGAGAUCGAGAGUGACAUUGGAAAUGAGAUAUGUGUUCAGCCAUCCUUGCUCCACAGAACUGAGAAGCUAGCACACUCGGAGGCAACCUCAAAACGAAGUGGGAAAGUGGCGAUUGCAAGUUCUUCGUUCUGUAUAAUCAUCACUCUCGUUCUGACGACAUUCCUUUUCCUGACAUGGCUCCUUAUUGUUUUCCUGUUUCUAUUCUGUCGGUGCUGUCGCUACCACCGGAUGAAAAGGGACAGUGAGACAGAUGCAAAUAAUAGCUGCUCGAAAGAACAACUUCUUCAAGACGAGUUAACGAUCGAGGACAACUCACGAAUAGGGGCAAAGAUCUGCAAAAACGAGCCAAAGCCGCUUACAAAUGAAAUUCGUCCAGUUUCAACGGAAUUCCAGCCCUUGAUAACAUCAACUCCUGACAGGGAUUUAAAGAGGUGCGCUGAGAGGGGAGUGACAAAAUGUCCAUUUCAGAACAGAUGUCAGAGGAUCACUCCGUUGAGUCCCAUUCCUAGCGAAGAGAGAGAUAAGGAAAAGCCAAAGAACACCGGAUUUUCCAAAUUCUUAGCACCGAUUAAAAGAGAAAAAGAGGAGUCUUUGGUCUUGACAGACCAGAGGAAUGACAAUAAAGAAUGCAAGCUAGUUUCAGUGAUUACAAACACAGAUGAAAAUCCCUCCCAUAGCUCAAGGAACGACGAAACAUUCCCAUGCUCCAAUGACAUGCCCAAAUGGCAAUGCAGCAAGAGGAAAAGCAAGUGGCAGUGCUCACAAGAGAAGAAGUUGCCUGGAGGAGGCAUAAGUGAAACAACAAUCAAGGUCUUCCCAAAAGACGUCAAGCUCGAUCACGGAUCAACAAUGCAGACAGGGAGCUGUCCAUUCAAGCGGAAAAAACAAGGUGCAGAAGCUACAAAGGAGCCUUGUAAAGUGCAACCAGACCGUGCAAAAAAGGGAACUUCAAAUUCCUCUAUCUCAAGAAAAACUUCAACUGGGUCAGUCAAAUCAGACGUGAUCAAUGUUGAUUCCAAUUACAAGUGCAAGAUUAAAUUUGUCGGCGCACCACCAAAAUGUGAACAAUGUAGUGACAAUUUGUACAAUGACGUCAUGAACAUGUUAAGUGUCUACAAAGAAGAGUCAACAAUGGAAUCAGCAACUGAUACAUCAGAGGAAUCAGUAACUUCAGAGACAGAGCCAGAGAACCAGGUGACCGAAUCUUCCAAGACCAAAAGUGGAAACAAUUCAGGGAAAGAAGGUAAAGAGCUAAAAAUGGUCCCGGAUAAAUGAGAAGGUACAGGCAACAAUGCACAAGAAAAAUGUGCUAAAAAAAUCAACAUGAAAAAUAAAGAUUUUCACUUUGGUUGUAGAAGAGGAAAUGAUUCAAGAUGGAAACUUAGAAUUGUUAGGUGAUAAUCUGAACCAAAAUGAAUUUACGGCUUAAAAACACUUGUCAAAGUUUCUUGUGAGAGAGAUAUUAUUCUAAACUUUUGUGGCGACACAAUUAAGAUAAAGACUCAUGUUAAUUUAAGGUACUUGUUACAAUGUUUCACUUCAAAACCAACCCAUUUACAAUAAAUUAUGAUUAUUUUUC